AGAAUCUAUCACUACCAGCUCUCUCUCUCCUCCCUCUCCAAACCCUAACACUGCUAUUCUCUUACCCUCAAAACCCUAACUCCUCAUAUGAGCUCCGAAGUGGUCCUCCACAGAUUCUCCCAAUCCGACCCUAAACCUAACACGGGGCCACCCGCCGCCGCAGAUUCCGACUCCAAUGUGCAGCUCUCCCACCCUCGAAAAUCCACUGCCAUAUCUUCCUCUCGCUCCACCAAAGACCGUCACACCAAGGUCAACGGUCGGGGCCGCCGUGUCCGUAUGCCGCCUCUCUGCGCCGCCCGAAUAUUUCAACUGACCCGAGAACUAGGACACCGUUCAGACGGCGAGACAAUAGAGUGGCUGCUACGCCAGGCCGAGCCAUCUAUCAUUGCCGCCACCGGCACCGGAACGGUUCCUGCAGAACCCGUAUCCACCAGCAACGCUGCGAUAUCGUCAUCGGCAGCCUCUGUUCCUUGUCGAGUCCAUCCUGUUUCCGCGGUUACUAGUGGGCAGGGGAUGUUUGCAAUGUCUUUGCCACCGCCGCAGCAGCAGCAUCAGCCGCAGCCGAGCUGCAGAUUAGACUUGUGUCAGCCAAUUGGGAUGGAGUAUGCUGCAGCGGCCGCAGCCAAUGGAUACAGGAAUAUGCCGUUCACGGCUUUGUUGUUACAACCCUCAACGGAGGAAACAGAGGAAACGCAGCAAGAUGAGACUCUCAGAGAGUAAUAGCCUCUCGCAGAAUCGAAGGGAAUGAGGUUAAGCUUGUACUGGUCCUAGCUUAGGGAAUGUGCCCCUUGACCGUGAAUGUUUUCGACCUUUCUUUCUUUUGGAUCCGGUGGAUGUGUUUAGUUGAAUGUGUGCUUCGUUAUUUCGUUUUUCUUCAUUCUGGAAAGGAAGAACAGGUUGAGAAAGCUGUAUAUGAUUAUAACGGUGUCAAGGAUCCUUUAUAUAUUAUGUUGCAUGUAUAUUUGGAGUUUGGGGUGCAUGUACAAUACAUUCAUUUUUCCUUUAAUUCGAUGCCAGCUAAUUCCUUCA